CAGCCGCCGUUUCUUCGGGCUUUCGCGCUCUAGCGACCCGGAAAGCCCAACCUAAACGUAGUUAGGCUCUGAUUGGCUCCUUUGAAAGUCUACGGGCUCUCUGAUUGGUGGAUCCUGGACCCUUUAGCGCGGAUCUACCACAUCCAUUGAUUAAUUAUGGAAGACUAUACCAAAAUAGAAAAAAUUGGAGAAGGUACCUAUGGAGUUGUGUAUAAGGGUAGGCACAAAACUACAGGCCAAGUGGUAGCAAUGAAGAAAAUCAGACUAGAAAGUGAAGAGGAAGGGGUUCCUAGUACUGCAAUUCGGGAAAUUUCCCUAUUAAAAGAACUUCGUCAUCCAAAUAUAGUCAGUCUUCAAGAUGUGCUUAUGCAGGACUCCAGGUUAUAUCUCAUCUUUGAAUUUCUUUCCAUGGAUCUCAAAAAAUACUUGGAUUCUAUCCCUCCUGGUCAGUUCAUGGAUUCUUCACUUGUUAAGAGUUAUUUGUACCAAAUCCUACAAGGGAUUGUGUUUUGUCACUCUAGAAGAGUUCUACACAGAGACUUAAAACCUCAAAAUCUAUUGAUUGAUGACAAAGGAACAAUUAAAUUGGCUGAUUUUGGCCUUGCCAGAGCUUUUGGAAUACCUAUUAGAGUGUAUACACAUGAGGUAGUGACACUCUGGUAUAGAUCUCCAGAAGUACUGCUGGGGUCAGCUCGCUAUUCAACUCCAGUUGAUAUUUGGAGCAUAGGCACCAUAUUUGCAGAAUUAGCAACUAAGAAGCCACUUUUCCACGGGGAUUCAGAAAUUGAUCAACUCUUCAGAAUUUUCAGAGCUUUGGGCACGCCCAAUAAUGAAGUGUGGCCAGAAGUGGAAUCUUUACAAGACUACAAGAAUACGUUCCCUAAAUGGAAACCAGGAAGCCUAGCAUCCCAUGUCAAAAACUUGGAUGAAAAUGGGUUGGAUCUGCUCUCGAAAAUGUUAGUCUAUGAUCCAGCCAAACGAAUUUCUGGCAAAAUGGCCCUGAAUCAUCCAUAUUUUAAUGAUUUGGACAAUCAGAUUAAGAAGAUAUAGUUUUCUGACAAAGAGUUUCCACAUGUUGUAUCAAGAGCAGACAGUUACAUUUUUACUGUUAACUCUAUUUUUGUCUUGUGUAUUUUUCUUUUCUUUGUUGUAAAACUUAACUACUUCAUCUUCUAAUUUCAAAAGUAUAACUUAAAUAUGUAAAUAUUGUUCUAUAUGAAUUUAAAUAUAAUCUGUAUAUGUG